UGACCCAUAAUUAUUACAUAGUGUUCUCUUUAACUCUUUUAAAUAAAACCACACUUAAUACUAUGCAAUACUUUUCUAUAGGGUUCCAAAAUUCUCUUAUUUUGCACUUUAAUGGCUUUACCUUUCUUUCUGUUUGAAACAGCUGCAUUGCAGGCACUGAAGCGUAAGAAGCGCUAUGAGAAGCAGUUAGCUCAGAUUGAUGGCACUCUUUCUACCAUCGAGUUCCAGCGUGAGGCGCUAGAGAACGCUCACACCAACACCGAGGUCAUCAAGAAUAUGGGCUUUGCUGCUAAGGCCAUGAAAGCUGCCCAUGACAACAUGGACAUCGACAAAGUGGAUGAACUCAUGCAGGACAUCACAGAACAGCAGGAGCUGGCGCAAGAAAUUUCAGACGCAAUCUCAAAGCCUGUCGGGUUUGGGGAGGAAUUUGAUGAGGUAAGAUUAAAACAAGCAAACUCCGAGUCCACAGCCAUGAUGAACCUUCACCUGCUGAGUUUUUGGGAGAUUUCCAUGUGCUUUCACAAAGAUGCCGUUUACUCCCGCUAUUAAC